AUGUCCGCCUCAAGGCGCGUCAUUGCAUCCCUACAGCUCCGCACAGCCGCCACCCAAGCGCAUGCGCAGAAGCGGGCCGGCGACAUCUCUGAUGCCUUCGCUUCACUGUCUGGGCAAGACUUCAAGCCCCUCACCCCGGAGUACGCAGACCUCAAAAGUCGCCUGAUCAGAGGUCGGGAAGCCGAGGUUCGAGAAUCAUGGGAGCGCCUCUUGCGGGAUCUGCGGGAAGAGAUUCCGCUCAUCGUCGAGCUGGGCUCCAAGGUCAUACCUGAGAUCAACUUCGAGGAUUUCGAGAAUGCGCCCGAGAGAUUCAAUCAGGAAUUGAAGAAGAGGGGAGUGGCUGUUGUGCGAGGCGUGGUGCCAGAACAGGAUGCUCUGCAAUGGAAGGCGGAUUUGCGGGAGUACAUCAGACAAAAUCCCCAAACAAAAGCGUUUCCUCAAGAUAAUCCCCAAGUCUACGAACUGUACUGGUCGCGGACGCAAAUGCUCGCGCGCGGGCACCCCAAUAUGCUGAAGACACAACGCCUGCUUAUGUCGUAUUGGCACUCGAAAGACUCGCACGCCCCCGUCUCAACGCAACACCCGAUCAGCUACGCCGACCGCUUGCGCAUGAGGCUUCCUGGAGACGCCAAAUUCGCCCUCGGACCACACGUAGACGGAGGCAGUGUCGAACGCUGGGAUGAACGGGGAUAUGGCUUGGGUGGAGUAUAUGACGAUAUCUGGAAAGGACAAUGGGAGAACUUUGAUCCCUGGGAGGCGAGCUGCAGGCUCCCCGUGAAGUCAGAUCUCCACCAGGGCGUGGGCGCAUGCUCUAUGUUCCGAAUGUUCCAGGGCUGGCUCUCGCUCUCGCAUACCGGACCAUUCCAAGGGACACUCCUCGUGAACCCCCUCCUGGCAAAAGCAACAGCCUACUACCUCCUCCGACCAUUCUUUUCCCCGCGCCGCGGCGUCGAAGCCUGUGCCCAGACAACUUCGGAAGCCCUCACCAACUCACAAGAGUUCCUGCAGUCGGACAACUGGUCUAUGGACACGAAGCCAUCGAGUUGGAUCCAGGGUGCCACCCCAGGACACGGCCAGGAACUCUCGCACCUCCUCCACCCGCACCUCAACCUCCAACAGUCCAUGAUCCACGUGCCCACCGUCCGCCCGGGAGACUAUGUAGCCUGGCACUGCGACACCAUCCACGCGGUCGACAAAGUGCACUCCGGAACUUCGGACUCAAGCGUCUUGUAUAUCCCCGCGUGUCCGCUCACCGAGGAAAGCGCAAUCAACCUCGCCGAGCAGCGCCGCGCCUUCAUCGACGGCACCCCGAGUCCUGAUUUCGGAGGCGGAAUCGGCGAGAGCGAGCACAUUGGUAGGGUUAAUGUGGAGGAGAUGGAGGGUCUAGUUGGCGUGGAGGGGUGCAGGGCGAUGGGGUUGCAUGAGUGGGAUAGUGAUGCUGAGGGUCUGACGCCGGGCCAGCGAGAGGUCUUGGAUCGGGCGAAUAAGGUCCUUGGUUUCUAUUCGUAA